AUAUAAAGUAGCUCUCUCUUAGUGCCAGAUCUGUUCUUUAUUAAAUCUACAGCAGCUCUCUCACAGCGCAAGAUCUCUGAACUUAAAUCUUACAUAUCUAUUUUCUUCUGUCGUAUAAAGUAUGGGUGUCAUAAACAAAUUAUUUGCUCGUUGGAUUUUAGAGAGGAUGUCUGUACAGAAAUGGACCUUUUAAACGAAAGCCAGAGAAAGGGAUGCCUUCAGCUCAGGUGUGGAUAUCAAGACUAAAAUAAGCUAAGGACAGCAGCAGCCUUGAGCUCUGUCUAACUAUAUUGAGAUGGAAAUUAGACAGAGAUGGGGUUAAGGGAUACAGGAGAGAGAGACUUGUACAACCUUGUGCUCUGCCUACUGUGAGGGGAGGAGCUUAACUACAAGCCUUAGUAGUGGGAAGGGAAGAGUGAGCGGCAGUGCUCUCAUUUACAUUGGAUACAGCAAGUCAGACCGGGAGCUGUCCAGUGCUCCAGCCUCCUGAAAUAACUCAGGGAACGACCUGCUACUCACUGCCUCCUGUUGUUACUCACUGUCUCCUGUUGUUACUCACUGCCUCCUGUUGUUACUCACUGUCUCCAGCUCAGACCGGAGAGAAAAGGACGCUGCAGAGCAGGAAUAAGGAUACAGUGUGAAGAAAACCUAAAAUCCUGCCAAGAUGUCGGAGAUGGUCAAUGUGCAUGGAUGGAUGGAGGAGGACCUUAGUUCUCAGGAUGAGAUGAAUGAGAGGAAUCAGCGACAAUCUGCCUAUGAUAUCAUUUCAGGUCUAAGCCAUGAGGAAAGGGGAAGUAUAGAUGGAGAAGAGGAUGAUGAAGAAGAAGAGGAUGGAGAGAAACCAAAAAAGAGGGGACCAAAAAAAAAGAAGAUGACCAAGGCUAGACUGGAGAGGUUCCAUGUCCGUAGAGUAAAAGCCAAUUCAAGGGAGCGUACAAGAAUGCAUGGACUUAAUGAUGCCCUGGAAAAUUUGAGGAGGGUCAUGCCGUGCUAUUCCAAAACACAAAAGUUGUCUAAAAUUGAGACCCUUAGAUUGGCCAGAAACUAUAUAUGGGCAUUAUCUGAGAUUCUAGAACAAGACCAAAAUGCUGAGGGAAAGGGCUUUCUGGAAAUGCUCUGCAAAGGUCUUUCUCAGCCAACAAGCAACUUAGUAGCUGGUUGCUUGCAACUUGGACCUCAGGCCAUGUUCUUGGAUAAACAUGAAGAAAAGUCUCACAUGUGUGACUCUUCUCUUAAUGGUCAUACUUAUAGUUACCAGUCCCCAGGACUACCCAGUCCACCUUAUGGUAACAUUGAUGUUCACCACUUGCACUUGAAACCCUCUUCUUUCAAACCAGUAAUGGAUCCUUCUGCAGUAAGCCAUACACUUAACUGUACCACUCCUCCAUAUGAAGGAGCUCUAACACCUCCACUUAGCAUCAGUGGUAAUUUUUCCUUGAAGCAAGAUAGUUCACCUGACAUGGAUAAAUCGUAUGCAUUCAGGUCCCCCUAUCCAGCUCUUGGGCUGGGUGGAUCUCAUGGACACGGGUCACGCUUUCAAACCAGUGUUCCAAGGUAUGAACUACCCAUAAACAUGACUUACGAGCCUUACCCACAUCAUGCUAUAUUCACUGAAUAAACAUACUAAACAAAUUACUUUUUAUACUUGACCCUGACAUGACAUUUUUGGAUGACAAUGAAGAAGAGUGUCACCUUUCCUAUUGAAUUCUUAAUGUAUGGUGCACCACUCAUUUAUCAGAAUACUCUUCUAAAAUCACCAACCCUAAGAUGACUGUUGGUCUUAUUGUACAUAUGUUUUGCAGUUUGUAGGUCAAUUUUGAGACUCUUGGAGCCUGGAAAAUUAUGCAUAGAAAAUUGACAUAACAUUGAUAGCUAUGAAUUGUAAUGAGAAAUCAAAACAUUGAUGUCAACUUUGCUAUUUGGUGUAAACAUAUAGUAGCAGAUCAAAAGAACAGGAACAUGGCUCAGGCGAACAAGGCUGGGGAGUGCAUUGCUUCUCUAAACAUUUUUCUAGAACAGUUCAUCUCAUGGGAGGUAAAAAAAAAAGUACAAUGUAUGCAAGGAUCAAUUUAAAGCACAAAUUUAUUAUGUACCAAUUGCACUACACUAUCCAAUGCUAUAAGAGAUAACCAUUCAUCUUUGAUACUAAUACUACUACUACUGUAUCGAACAGAGCCAUAAAUGCAUUUUUAAUACAAUGUGUAUAUUUUUAUUGAGAAUGCCCACACCUAGAUAUCAUUAAGCACACAAGGCCAACACCCUCCUAAUUAUUAUUUAUAAAACUCUUUUAUUUAUUUUAUUAUUAUUUUGUAAUAUUGUGUUUGUCACAUUACCAUAAAAUAGAAUGCUCUUACCUUUGCUGAUGCUCACACUGUUAAUGAAUGAUCAUUUUGUAUUUGUUGUUUUCAAAACUGCAUCCUUAUUUAUGUCAUUAUUUAUUUUAAUAUUGAUUUUUAAAUUGAUAUAAGACUCCUGGUCUAUUUUUAUUUAAGUUUAUUGAUGUAUAAAUAAAUGCUCAAUGACGACACGUGAUAAUACUGCUGAUUGAACUGGCCAAUCGUCGGGUUUGCUUCAGCCCAAUAUUGUGAGGCUGAUUUACCAUACCGUAACAUUUUGUAUAAGAAAAUAUUGUGACUGCAUUUUCGAGGUCAUUGUACAGAAAAGUGAUAUUUUCAAAUAAAAAAUGAAGAA